GCGGGGAGGGAGGACAGACUACAUUUCCCAGCAUCCCCGGCGGCUCACGUAGCAGGCAGCGGACGCUGGACCUAUGUCGCUCUCCCCUGGCUAUAGCGGCGGUUAACGGCGUGGAGGGGGCGUGAAGCGGUGGCGGCUAUGGACGAGAGCGGAGACUCCGCGGCGAGUCCCCGCGUCCCGGCUCCUCCUGGCUCCCCGCUGCAGGGACGAAGGCGGCCAGGCUCCCCCUCGGCUGCCGGUGCGGGCGGCGGCGGUAGCCGCCAGUCUCCGGAGCGGAGCCCUGCGGGGGCCCCCGGGCCGGCGGAGGGCGCGGCGCCGCGGCUGCUGCUGCUGCCGCCGCCACCGCCGGCGGCGGCGGUGGUGUCGUCGCUGCCGCGGCUGGAGAAGCCCAUCAAGCAGGCCUUCUACAACACCGGGGCGCUGCUCUUCGCCGGGCUGUGCUGCGGCGCCGCCGUGCUGGUCUACUUCAUCCUGGAGGCCUUCCUGCGGCCGCUGCUCUGGGCCGUGCUCUGCGGCACCUUCCUGCACCCCUUCAAGAGCUCGCUCACCGCGCUGGGCCGCCGCUGGCUCGGCCGCCUGCACCGCUCCCGCACCCCGGUGCUGCUGGCCGCCCUGCUGCUGCCCCUCUGCUUCGCCAACUACGGCGCCGAGGCGCUGGGCCAGCAGGUGCUGCGCAGGCGGCGCCUCCUGCUGCUGCUGGGCGCUGGCGGCCCCCUGCUCUACGGGCUCUACUGCCUCGGCAGCUCCCUGGGAGUCCAGGUGCUGCUGGCCCAGACCGGACUCCUGAUCUGCCAGGGGCUCGACUUCUUCAGCAGCCUGUGGAUAUGGACCUUGGUUGUCGGUUAUCUGUUGACCAUUUCAUUCAAGUGGAAUGCAAGCACUGAGCGUUACUUAAGAGCAAUCUCCAUUCCUGUCUGGAUAAUACUGCUCUUCCACUUAGCAUCUGUCGCUGGCUCCUGGAGGAUUCCAGUAUUUGUGGUUAUAGUUUUUCUGAUGACUGUGGGCAUGUUGCAUGAGCAACGGAGCGGAAAGGAGUCUUCUGGAACAGAACUUCCUGGUCAAAUGAUUUCCAUUGCUGCUUCUACAAUUGCCAUGGCAAUAUCUAUCACAGGAUAUGAGUCAAAUAAUGAGCAACAUUCACCCCAACCCUCAGAAACAGCAGAAAGUGGGCAACUCUCUCAAGACUCAUCCUCUUCGUUUUCCUCCUCUUCGUCCACUUCCGGUGGCAGACACAGGCCUGAGAUUGGAGCUUUUCUUAGAAAGAAGAAAACCAGUGAUAUCUACUUCGUUACACUUGUAUGGGCCAUUGUCGUAGUUCAAAUCUGGCUGAACCUCUGGAUUGUGCAGUUAUUACCAGUGCCUGUUGCAGUUUGGGUUCUUAAAAAACUUGUGGUCCACUUUGGAGUUGUAAACUUCAUGGCGAAACGUUGUAGUAGAUGGUGGCAUGUUCUGGAAGACUUUGUGAAGGAGCGGCAGGAGGCUCUUGCUCCACGGCCAAUCAGAGGACUUGGAAGGGUCAUGCUAAAACUUGACAGUAAGCUGUGGCACUGGCUUAAUAAGAAGAUGAUCGUGUGGCUGGAGAAAAUGCUUGAUAAAAUAAUUAGCAUUUUCAUAAUAUUUUUGCUAGUGAUAGGAACGCUUCUGCUAGCCCUGCUCCUUACGGCAAAGGUACAUCAAGAGAGCGUUCACUUGAUUCAAGUCACAAGCAGCUUGAUCAAUGAGACUGUAGCCAAUCACCCAGAGUGGGCAAACUGGCUCCCUGAAGCUCAGGUCAUUCAAAAAGCUCUCAAUUCAGCUGCUAACAAUGUGUAUCAGUAUGGCCGAGAAUGGAUUACACACAAGCUCCAUAAGAUAUUAGGAGAGAAAGUGAACAACACUGCUGUGAUUGAAAAGCAAGUGCUGGAACUCUGGGACAGACUUUAUCAUUCUUGGUUUGUGAAGAAUGUAACACAUCCUGGAAGACACAAAGGACACAAGCUGCAUAUAAAUCGUCAGAACAGCUGGCUGGGUGACAUUCUGGACUGGCAGGAUAUUGCUUCAUUUGUUCAUGAGAACAUUGAGACAUUUCUUUCAAUUCUGGAGUCCUUGUGGAUAGUGAUGAGUCGUAAUGUGAGCCUACUCUUCACCACAGUAACAACAUUAGUGACAAUCCUCUUCUAUAGUGGGACAGCCCUUCUCAAUUUUGUGCUCUCACUGGUGAUUUUCCUGACCACACUGUUUUAUCUGUUAAGUUCCAGUGAUGAGUACUACAAACCAGUGAAGUGGGUGAUUAGCUUGACACCUUUGUCGCAGCCAGGCCCAUCCUCAAAUAUAGUUGGCCAGUCUGUGGAAGAGGCCAUAAGAGGUGUGUUUGAUGCUUCUCUCAAAAUGGCUGGGUUCUAUGGACUGUACACCUGGCUCACUCACACCAUAUUUGGAAUUAAUAUUGUUUUCAUACCAUCAGCAUUGGCAGCAAUCCUUGGAGCUGUUCCAUUUCUGGGAACAUACUGGGCAGCUAUACCUGCAAUUCUAGAUCUGUGGCUCACCCAAGGAGAAGGAUGCAAAGCCAUUUUGCUCUUGGUUUUUCACCUGUUGCCAACGUACUUUGUAGACACAGCAAUCUACUCAGAUAUAUCAGGAGGUGGCCAUCCCUACCUGACAGGCCUCGCAGUAGCUGGUGGAGCAUAUUACCUAGGAUUGGAAGGAGCGAUCAUUGGACCCAUACUGCUUUGUAUAUUGGUGGUUGCCUCUAACAUAUACAGUGCCAUGUUAGUGAGUCCAACAAAUUCAGUUCCUACCCCAUCACAAACACCAUGGCCUCUGCAGAUAUACCAACCAUCUAGAGGGAGUCCUGAGGAGAUGAAAAUGGCCACAGAGUGAGAUUUACACCAUCUUGCACCUGACCAGCAUGAAGUUGUCACUCUCUUCUACCUGGAUUGAGUUCAGAACAGUCAUGGCCUUCUGUCCCUCUUCCAGCUGUGCCUAGUGACAGCUCACAGUGAAGCACAGUUUAAAACAAACCCUCACGUCUGCUGGCCUUACAUUAUCUUGCAAAGGCAAAGUGCUUAAUAGACUGUCUGCUUCCGAUCACUUUGCAUACUAACACACAGACUUAAAGUUCAGAUGCCUUGUGUGUAGAUUUUUUUCUUCAUAGAAAGAUCUUAAGAAGGACAAGUAAUAUCCACUGAGUCAAGGAUGCCAUCUGCUGAAAUGACUAACUUGGCUUUUAUUCCUUUGGAUGUUUGCAUUAUUAGACUUCUAGCAAUUUUAAACAAGUGAAACGCCAAGUCUUUUGUUGCUGGAAUCUUUAGUUGAUCUAGGGGUGUAUUUACUUGUAGAGAUGCUAAAACUUAUAAAGGUGUGAAGCACCUGCUAUUAAAAGAAAAAAUAGUAUAAUCUGCUGCUUCUCAAAGUAUUUCUUUUGAGAGGCAUGACAGUCACUAUUCAAUUAACAACACUUGAAGCUUAUUUAUGUAUACACUAAUAGUGUUUUAUGCUGUCAGGGAGCGAUGUUUCCACUUGCAGAUUGUGUUAAGUGUAGGUUAUCCUCACGUGGAAUAGGAGUAUUUGUAAAAACAGUUGAAUCCUUGAGUUCACAUUUGCAGUUAAACUUGGUAUUCUGUUGUUUUGGUUUAUUGAUAAAGCUUAAUUUAAUACCAGGGUCUCAGUAAGAUGUUGUACCCAAAGUCCCAAUGGAUUCCUGCUAAAUUUAACCAAAGGACUUAAAUGCUUCCAGGCAGAAGUAAUAUCAGAUUGCCAUAUCUAAUUACAGUAUUUGGAAGAUGCUGAAUGAUUGUGUUCACACCAUUUUUUUUAUUAUUUAUUGAGAAGUAAUCAUCAAGAAGGUGAAAGGUGAUGGGGGGAGGGGGAAAGCGCAAGACAGGCAGAGAUCUCAAAUUCCUAAAAUGUGUUCGUGUCCUGGGCACCAAGUUGAAGUGCACUAGAGCUCUUCCCACCUGCUCCUCCUUCCCCCCCCCAAAAGUAGUUGGCCUUAAAUUGCAGUUUUAGUGUCACUGAAGGCUUUUCAUACCUUGGUUAUUGAUGCAGGUUUGAAAUAGUGGUUUAUGAGAACCAAAAAAGUAGUUAAAUUAUUUUUUGUAUAAGUUCUUACACUCAAAAGACAGAUACAGCAAAAAAAAAUUUACCCCAAAUACUUGGUCAAAGAAUACACUCAGAUCAUCAGGCCCCAGGUACGAUACAAAUAAGCUGCUAUGUAGGUGGUGUGGUUUUCUUUUCUUUUUUUUUUUCUUUUUUCUUAAUACCAGAGCAAAACCAUUCCAUUCCUGAUUGACUCUACCUUGAAUUUAUGGCAGGGUUUCUUCUUUUCUGAUUUAUACAAAAUACAGGCCAUGUCAUGCUCUUCAUCUGUCCUUGCAUUAUAAAACAGCUAUAGUACAAAUCUGUCCAUAUCAUAGUCCCAGGGAUCUGGCUCAACCUAAGUGAGAGAGGUUGUUAUAGAUCACUACUAGUUUUUUGACGUGACCGUACAUGUAUUUAUAGAUAAUAUUUUAAGACUAGAUCUGUUGUGUGCCCUAUGUACGGCAAAGUUUUGAGAUCAGUUCAGUGUGCUGCAAUGCAUGGGCCCAAUAUGUGGUGUUCUGGAUGAAGUAAUUGCCCUAACUUCGAAUUUCCUUGCUUUUGUGGAACAAAGUUAGACCCUUUACGUUAUUCAACAUCAUUUUGUUUCAUAAAUGACAAUUAUGGAAGAAGUCAGGAUCUCACUAAGAGUAUCAAUAUUCCUGUAGUAUACAGACCAGUAUAUGAAUGAUAGACUAUUAUUGCUCCUGGGAAAUUGCUACAUUCUGUUCUAUUAGUUUAUUCUACCAUGCUGAGCAGCAUUACGAAUCUGUUUUGAUUAAUCAGGUCAUUGUGUACCCAGGCAGCUUUUGAAAAGAAAGGGUUGUCACUUGAGAGAAAAAUGCUUAAAAUGUAUACAACUAACCAGAAUCCAUAAGCUUUAAUAUUUUUAUACUUUUGCUGCUUUUUGCUCACUAUUAAAGAUUGUGUUAAGUGUUUUCUACGUUAGAUAGCAUGUUAACAUCUAACCUGAUCUUUCAUAACCCUGUGUUACUGAAUUUGUGAUGUCAGUCAUUUCCAUGCUGCCAGAUAGUGAUGUCAUAAACAAAGGCUGAUUUCUUUACUAUAAUCACAGAGAAGAAUCUCUGAUAUGAGAGGAGAGUUCUUUUUCAAACACAAGUAUCUUCAAUAAUAGCAAAACAAAAUUAAUAAACUGAGAAGACAUGGUGUUGCUAUUUUGAAAUGUUCCUUUCCCAAUGUGAAAAAAAUCUGUGUGUAUAGCAUUGAUACGAUACGCAUUGUCUAUUUGUUUUUAUGUAGGUGGGUUUUUUUAAAACGAGUACUCGAGCCUUCCAGUCUUCAACUUCAGCUAAUAUUUGCCAUUAAUAACAUAAUAAUAAAGCUGUAAAUUCGUGGUAAACCUAGAUUUAAGACCCAUACUUUGUGCCAUGUCUGUAUCUGAGGAACAAAGACCUUGUCCCAUGUCCCUUUGAGGCAUGAGGCUCAAUUUAGUAAUGAGUGAACUCUGUUUUUAAAAUUACCAUGACAAAAUACUUAAUCACUCACAUGCUUACUCAAUAAAUGUAAAAAAUCAGAAUCUUUACAUAUAGAUGCCUUAUGGAAAAGUAUAUGUUUUUAACAUCAUGUCUGUUAGUGUUCAAAAAAUAAAUUGUCACUGGGAAUCAAUGACCUGCACAUUUUCAUUUUUAACAUCCAUUUUCAUUUGUGGAAACAUACAUCUGAAAUGUGUUUGGGGGUUUUGGGGGUUUUUUUUGGUUUUUUUUAAUCAACUUUCCAGCAACUUAAAAAUUACCAAACUAAUUUUAUCCAUGUUCUUUUAAAAGAAAAAAGAGGGGAAUUAAAAACCAUUUUGAAUAUGAUACUUCGUAUGAAAAGAAACAUUUUUGAGUCAUUUUUAAGCCAGUUAUAGUUCCCAGGAAAAAUGAUUUCUAGACCGUUCUUUGUGCAGUGGCAUUCUGAAUAGGGCUCUCCCUCUACUUCAUAUUUAUAGCCUCUAGCACAAUGAGGCUUGAUUUAGUCUGGAUCUUCUUGGUGUUACAAUAAAAAGGUGUCUCUAGAAUAAUAGUCAUAUUAAACACUGUGUGUGCAAGUAGAAAAUGUUAAUGAGUUGUUAAAGGAAUGCUUUUAUUUUUAUUGGUUGUCAUGAGAUGGUGCUCAGCAGUGGAAUAAUGAUGACAACAUAAGGUGUGUCAGCUAUGAUGCUUUCAUGUUUUUCUAGCACAUUAGGUUUAUUCCAAGUACAAAAUUAUCAAGGGCUCUAUGGUACUAAUGGUUUUUAGCAUACAUUUCAGUAGAUUUAUUUCCUCCUUUUUUAUUAAAUUGGAGGAUUUAGGCCCAUGAAUUUUAGUUAGUGAUUAUUGGAUUAGGAAACAAGUAAUAUCUUACAAAACUGCAGACUGCAAUAAAAAAAAAUGUAGAAAAUAUAACUGCUGUCUCCAGUGUUAGCAUUCAGUAUAUUUAUCUUAAUUUCCAAAAAAAAGUUAAAACGGGAAAAAUGUUAAAUCUAUUAAAAAGACUGAGCCUAAAUUCAACAUUAACACCUUUGUAAAAGUGUUAAAGAAAAUUCAGUCCACAGUUAGGGUUAAACGCCUCAUCUUAAAAAAAAAACAAAACAAAAAAAAAAAAACCAAAAUGGCUGCAGUGCUAAUCUCUCGCACUAGGGUCAUUAGACUGCUUAUAAGACUGCCUCCCCAGCAGACUUAAUACAGUGAAUCUGGAAGGACAGCAGGAUGCAAGUGUCCAAGAUGGCACUUCACAUCCCUGAGGAGCAGAAUGACCCCCCCAUCGCCUUCAUACAUAUGUAGACUGUUUGUAUUGUGUGUGAUAUGUCUGCUUAGGCACAGACACUGUCACUCCAGAGCACAAUGCUGGACUCACUACUGUGAAAAUAGACCAUACUUUUUUAAAAGGAUUUGCAUUAAAGAUGUUUUGGUUUUUUUAACUAAAGUUAGAAGACUUUAUGGUUAAUAUUGAAGACCACAUUUAAUUUUCUAUAGUCAGUUUCAGGGAAGCCUGUAGUCUUAAAAGAGAGAAUAAUGGUUUCCACGCUUCUAGUUACAGUUGGAUUGUCUCCAGAACUCCCUUCUCUUAUUUGGUUUAUUAUGAGAGUAAAAACAGUAUUUUCUCUCCCUCUUUGGGCACCCCACUGAAUUACGGAAUGUAACAGUGCAGUUCCCCUUUCAUUCCCAAGUCUUCUGUGAAAUAAAAUGGCCUAAAGUUUUUAAAGUCAUGUGGAUUUAAUCUUUAAUCGGGCAUUGUUUCUCACUGUCCAUUUUAGUCAGGUUCCUUCAUGCUUUAUGAUGAAUGUGUAGAAGCUUUUUAUGAAAGUAAAACAGGUAUUUUAUGAAGUGUGAAAAAUGAGCAAAGUGUUUUUAAAAAUCAGUAGUAAUUCCAGAAGUAAUGAGGGUAUUCAAGGAGUCCACAUUAGUUGGUUUUUUGUUGGUUGUUUUUUUAAGAGUAUACAUAUGAACAGAGUCUGUUUUUCUUCAAAUUAUUUUUAACUGACAAAUUUUCUUUUGUGAUUCCUAGGAAUAAAAUGUUGUGUUGCCUGUACAUAGUGGAAAUAAACGUUUUCUGGAACGGUCUAUACAUGGUAUACAAUAAAUAGGUAAAGAGACUGGGGAGAAGCUAGCAAAUAUCUGAUCAAGUGACUAAAUAAACUGUUCUGAUGUAAUAGUGGUACAAAACUAGUCAACACCAGUCUUUCUAGUAACAGCUCAAGAACCAGAAUUUAGAGCCUAUUCGUCCUGAAAGUAUUUGCACUGGUCCACCAAAGCGCUUCUAGCCUUAAUAGGUCAUGAAAUAUCAGGCUUUCAAAUCCCCAAAUGUUACUCUUUUUUCCUCCCCCACUUAUAGAAUGACAUUUUAGUAUCUGGUAUUUUGUGAAUUACUAGAAUUGGAGAAGAUUAUUGCUUUAUGCCUUUUGUAAGAUAGGUUCCAAGAUUCAGAGGGUAUGCUGCUACAGCAGUUGGUCUGAUUUCAGGAAAGCAUUUCUCUCUAGGACAACAUUUAAGCAAAUCCCAUUGAAGUCUGUAUUAAAGCCACAUGUGUUUUUCAGUGCUGCCCUAAAUAGGGAUGGACUUAAGCACAUGCUUAAGUGCUUGUAGUCUAGUACUGAAGAUGGCAGCAUUUAGAAUCCUGUUGGAAUUAAAGCAGGUGGGGGAGGAAAAUAUUCAGCUCUGACACCUUUCCAAGGGAAUACAGCAUUCAUUUUAUGGCUCAGAUGGGUUUUCAGUGUGUUGAACUUAAAACUCUUGUUGUUUUAUUCAGUCCAGCCUUGGUUGUGUGUACUUUGUUUUUGGUGUUUUGUUUUGGUCACUGGAUGAGGGUGAACUAUAACAAGUCUUUGACUUCUAGUAUAAAAGUAAUUUUCAUUCCCUGCACAAGUCUUUGACACAGUCACAAUGUAACAGCAUGGCGCACAGUUACAUCAGAGCAAAAGUCUGUUCAGUGAAAAAACAGAUGGACAUCCAGGCCUUAGUGCUGGAAUAAUAAACAAAACCACCACAGUAGGCCUCUUUGCUGCUAGUCUCAGCCCAGAGCACGUCUCUUCUAGAAGUACCUUGUCAAAGACGUGUCAGUGAAGAUUAUUGCAUUACUGCCUAUGAUUGACUUGCUCUGUGGAUGGAUGUCUUCAGUCUCCAGUGUCAUCAGACUGAUGUAUUUCACAUACACUAAAUUCAGUCAGAUGUUCACCUUUUUAAAAAUGUAAUAAAACGUUACUCUGCAGCAUUCAGUGAAAGUUAAGACUUAUUUGGUUUUUGUUUUUGAACUGAGUAAGAGCUAAGCAAUUAGCAUAUAUGCACUCACCAAUAUUUGGUGUUUUGGUAGGAAGGCAGCAUAGCUUCUUUUCUGUAUGUGUGUGUUUGGCUAAAACGAAAUCCAAAGAAACUGUAUAAAAUUGUAUUCUAAGACUAGUUCGGUUAAUGUCACCACAGAUGUUUUGAAUUACAAAGCAUCGGUUAUUGUGCCUGACUUGAGGUGUGCAUUCCAAUUUCAAGUUAUUUGUGGGGAUUUGGAGAAGUAACUUCUGCUGCCCAUUGUCAUGACAAAUUUGUGUGUAAAUUAACAUGGGAUACAUCUUCAGAAUAAGAAUUACAUUCCAAAGUAAUAAUACCUGAACUGGUAAUUUAUAGUAAUUGUUACUGCAUGUAUAAUAGUUUGAAAAGAUAACCCCUGUGCCUAUCUAUAGUGGAACAAGAAGUAUCAGUUGCUAUUGGUAAGAACUCUUGAGUAGACUGAAUAAUUAUUUAAAAACUUAAUUUAUUUUUGACUACUCAGAACAUUUUGUUUCCUAGCAAAUAGGUUUCCUGUAGCAGCUAUUAAAAGCUUUUAACACAGUAUUGUAUGCACGUCACAGUCCUUUGUAAACAUCAUGUUUAAUAUGUUUUGAAAUAAAAAUCUGUGCUGAAUGUUUAAAAAAA